AUGCGUCUUUUCCUCUCUUUCGCUCUUCUCGUCAUCACGGCUGGCUUGCUUGCGCAGGCGUCGAGCUUGGCCGAUUUGGCAGCCAGGCAUGGCUAUCUCUGGGAUGGCGUGACCUUUCCGACCCCCAUCCCUCCUUACAUUGCCAACAACGGAACGACGGCGCUGGACGUGGCCAAAUGUCUGGAAGGCACGGGCCAGUACCACAUCGAUGUCGAAGAGGAAAUGUACAUCGUCAUGUACUUGGAAGAGUCGCACGAGGCCAACAUCGUCAACUGUCUCUUUCUCACCGCCGCCGGUAUGCGCGUCGCUCACCAACAUCGUGAUGACCUUGCCACACUGCCCACUGCACCUCACGAGCCGAGCAGCCAGGGAGUCACGUUUGGCCUCAACAUCGACCCGAACGCGGUGAUCCCUCCUACGUGUGCGCCGUCGGAUUUUCAGUCGGGGGCCCUAGCAACCAAUCAAACCAAGAUGGUGACUAGCGGCCCCAGUUCCUUUGGGUACAACGCACUCGCCUUUAAGGACGAUACCCAGUGCACGUAG